AUGAAGUGGCUUGCACUCCUCAGGCUGGUGGCCUUCUCAGAGUGCAUAGUCAAAAUACCUCUAAGGAGAGUGAAGACCAUGAGAAAAACCCUCAGUGGGAAAAACAUGCUGAAGGAUUUCUUGAAGGAGCAUCCUUACAGACGGUCCCAGAUUUCUUUUCGUGGCUCAAAACUAACUAUUUACUCGCUGAGAAACAUCAUGGAUUUGGUCUACGUGGGUAACCUCACCAUUGGAACACCCCCUCAGGAAUUCCAGGUUAUCUUUGACACAGCCUCAUCUGACUUGUGGAUGCCCCCCAUCUUUUGCACCAGUCCAGCGUGUUCUACACACAUUAGGUUCAGACAUCUUCAGUCUUCCACCUUCCGGCCUACCCAUAAGACCUUCACCAUCAAUUAUGGAUCUGGGAGAAUGAAUGGAGUUGUUGCUUAUGACACACUUUGGAUUGGGGACCUUGAAAGUCCUGACCAGCCGUUCGGUCUAAGCAUGGUGGAAUACAGGCUUGAAGGCAGAACUUAUGAUGGCGUCUUUGGCUUGAACUACCCCAACAUAUCCUUCUCUAGAGCCAUCCCCAUCUUUGACAAGCUGAAGAAUCAGGGUGCCAUUUCUGAGCCUGUUUUUGCCUUCUACUUGAGCAAUAUCUCCAUGAAAAGAAAGGUUAUUGCUUUUUCUGAUGGCUGUGAGGCCCUUGUGGACACUGGGACAUCACAUAUUGAAGCCCCAGGAAGACUGGUCAAUAACAUACAGAAGCUCAUCAGCGCCAGGCUACGGGGUUCCAAGCACUACGUUUAUUGUUCUGUGGUCAAUACCCUUCCCUCUAUUAUCUUCACCAUCAAUGGCAUCAACUACCCAGUGCCAGUUCGAGCCUACAUCCUCAGGGAUUCUAGAGGUCACUGUUAUACCUCCUUUAAAGAGAGCAAAUUGAGUCCAUCUACAGAGACCUGGAUCCUGGGUGACGUCUUCCUGAGGCAGUGCUUCUCAUUUUAUGAUUGA